AUGAAUUCUCAGGUAGCUUUUCUGUUGCUUUGUUUUGUUGGUGGAACUCAGGUAGGAAGUCAAUGGCUGGGUUUUGAGCCCUAUGAGGACCGUCCUGAAAAAAAUUCAAAGGUAAGGUUCUGUGAUAAAGAAUCCUUCCAGAACUGCUCAAACGAAUUUGUAUUUUCCUUUUUUACUAUAGCUAGUACACAAUCAAGAAUCGUUUUGGGCGAUGUUCCGUUACUUAGUAAAAAGUUGUUAUUUGGGCGUAGAAUUACAAAACGUUUGUCCCUCUAAUUCACCAUUCAUUUCGAAGCAAACUUGGACAUGCCAAGCAUCAUAGAACAAACACUCAAUCUCAAAUUGCAGUUUAAAAGAUGUGUACUACCAUUAAACAGGAUUAUUUGUUGUAAAAAAAAUGUCUACUCGUAUCUAGCUUGAGUACUGCGUGAACUUAGCCUGUGUACAGCCGCCCUCUCCCCUCUCCUCAAAAAAAUACACAGGCUACGUGCACUAUGUCGCUCUCAGUUUAUUUUCUCCUUGCCUGACUCAACAACCUUUGACACCUUCGAUUGAGUAAUUUAGUCUGGCUGAUUAGGCUCUUGCAUUGCGUCAUUUUUGUGGCCAGUGUGCGGUAGACUAAAAAUUCCUGGAAUUUGUUACUUCCCUGUACGUGAAACUGAAAUCCACACUUAAAAGUCGAAUUUGGGUCGAAAACCGCAAUGAAUUCCGGAGACACCUGGUGUAUCUUGCUAAGUGGAGCAUACCCUUUAUCGCAUACAAUAUACCGUAAAAUUCCGAAAGUAACGACCCACUGAAAGCAGAGACCCUCCAAAGUAGCGACCCCCCGAAAUUCAGCGACCCCCCGAAAAUAACGACACGUCGAAAGUAGCGACAUUAAAAAAGAUUUCCCUUUUUGCAAGAAUUAACAGAAAUGAUGCAUACAGAAAGCUACGUUUCGUCUCAAUGAUUCAUAAAAUCCUGCAACGACUGAAUCCAACAGUUUACCGUAAGAUGUAAUAUUACUGGUAUUAAUGGGAACUGACUGUUGCUAACGUAGCUUAUUCAAAGAUUCAAAGACUGAUUCUUUCGAAUUGUUAUUUCAAAAAUAACAUGUUACAAUUUCUCCAAAAAAAGAGUAUGUAUGUGCUCACACUUUGUCGCGAUUACAUUAGCGUAACUUCGAACGGUCCAUGUACGUUCCCAGGGGGGAGGGGGGUGUAUCCCAUUAUAGUCUAUUUUGGGGCCAUAUUAAAGACCCCGCCUUAGUCUCUUUGGAAAAAAAAGCCAUUUUCGCAAUACCAACUUACUUUCUGUUUAUGCAUCCACCUUGCAAAGCCUUUAAACUUGGCCAUCCUGAAAUGAACUGACACCUUUGUUAAAGGGGCACAGUCAUGACACCCGCAUUCUCAUUGAGUUAGUCAUAAUUACACGGUCCGCCAGAUUGAAUUUUGAAAGUCUCAACAAAAAUUUCUAAAAGUUACCGCGUUUUCACGUUUUUUACAUCUUUUGAGUACUCAAGGGGAAACUACUGACAAUAACAAGUCAGUCUUUCGCCCUUUUAAUGUGGUGUAAAUCUUUCUACUCUUAAAUCCUUACAUACCUGAAUUUCCUGAACCCCAAAAUCCAUUCCAUUCUAGUGACUCUUAUAAAAAUGCAACCCGAAUCGCCAUAAUAGCCAAUCCACCCUAGCCUGUUCCAGGCUCCAAGAGAGUCGGGCCCGCUGAAUUGAGAAAGCGCGAAGACGAAAAAAAUGACUUCUUUUUCCUGUGCCCAAAACUGCAAGAACGUUUGUCAAAAGAACUGGUAAGACUUGAGCUAAUUUAUUCAUUCAAUAUCUUCUUAUGAAAAGUAGACUUUAAAUGACAUCUAUGUGAAAACGAAUGCCUUCAUACCCCGGGCUUGUCUUGACUACCUUCAACAUGGUGUGACGAGCAACGGCUAUUACUGGCUUUUUGACAAUAACGAUAAGCGCUUUAUGACUUAUCGAGACCUCUCGUCGGAACCGAAUGCAGCUUGGACACUGGUGAUGUCAUGGAACCUAGGAUCAAAGAAUUUACCAAGUUUUAAAACGAAGGCUUUUUCACAAGAUGCACCAAUCAAUCAAAACAAUCCAAACUGGGAUGCGUACCGCCAGACUCUUGCUCGAAUGAAAAGUGUCCGAAGCCAUUCAACUCACUGGCGUGCAACAUGCAGUUUCAAUUGA